AUGGCCAGCUCACCCGACUACAAGAAACUCUUUCUGGAGGAGCAAGAGAGACGGAAACAGGCAGAAGAGAGACAGAAGCAGGCAGAGGAGAGCCAGAAGCAGGCAGAGGAGAGCCAGAAGCAGGCAGAAGAGAGUCGAAAGCAGGCAGAGGAUGAAGGGAGAUUGGAAAGAGAGCGCAACCGUCCAACAACUUUCGCGGAACUCAUCCGACUUUGCCACAACUUAUUAUCGCGGCCGCUGAGAGCUGCAUUGCCAUCUAAGUCGACUACAGGGAAAAUACCCACUCCAGACGGAAAAUAUUGUCCAUCGCGACUAGAAGUGUGGACAGACUGUUCAGCUCGACAGCAAGAGAUCUACGCGUCCGUGUGCAACUAUCUACAGCCAGCUGAGGAGGGCCAAGCACGAUUCUUUGCACCGCUGAAUGCCCUCGAAGAAAAUGCAAAACAAUUCGGCUUUCUGUCAAUGAGCAGCGAGCAAGCCCUCCAGAACUACGAACGAAAUGGCGUGGAGAAUUAUGUCCAUAACAUAAUCCUGGAGCUAUGCAACAUUGAUGCCGCGCGAGAGGAGUUUGGACUUGGAGAUGGGAUCAUGUUUGACAGUCAUAAAAACUUACUCGAGGCGGAUGAAGGCACCGAAGAGAGUGCAAGUCAGCCGUCGGAAAUAGAAAACCCAAAACCCGAUUCCUUUUUUUUUAUCAACCGGGUCGACGGCAACACUCACACCAUCCUUACCACAGCCGAAUAUAAGCCGCCUCACAAGCUUUCCGUGGAAGACUGUCGCCUAGGACUACGGGAGAUGGAUUUGUAUAAAGAAAUAGUCUGGCCAAACAAAUUCCCGACGGAAGAGGCAGCGAAGUUAAGGUAUAAUGCAGAGCGACUCGUUUGCUCCGCUAUUGUUCAAGAAUAUCAUGUGAUGAUUCAGUUGGGACUCGAGUACUCCUACUUGACGACUGGGAUCGUCCGUGUUCUUCUUCGUGUCCCCCGUGAUAAACCUAGCACCCUUUACUAUCACUUUUGUGAUCCCAAUUUAGAAGUGGACAUGGAAGCCGAGAAUGGGUUCCAAGAGCCAAAGACUUCUAUUGCCAGAGUGCUAUGUCUAUGCUUAAUGGCAUUCGGUUCAUCUAUACGUGACAAUGAAUGGAGGGAUCGUGCCCGCAAUAGUUCUCAUAUCUGGGAAUCCAACCUUAAACGCAGCGAUGCUAAGGCCCCCGGACAACCACCUCUUCCCAACUCUGAUGGCACGUGCCCAGAGUACCCGAGUCCGGAAUCCGGUUCGGCUUAUGAUCCUUCGUCAUCCCCCCAGCAUCUCCGACGGAACCGGCAGCAGAGGGCCGUCGAAUGA